UGAAGUUCGAGAGGCCCAGUAAGCAACCUUAUAUUCAGUGUUCGUGGCAUUCAAGGCUCUCCAAGGAGACUUUGACCUCUUGAGUUCCCCUCCGCCUUUGUCUUCUUUCUUACCUUGCUCUGCGUCUUUUGCCAACGUAGUAAAAAAUAUGUCUCUAAAUGCCCACGAUAUCACGCCUCUGAUUGCUCCACCUCGUCGUCCCUCUAUGAAUUACAAUGACUGCGUCUGCAAUAUCACAAAAGUCAUCAACCGGACACAAAAACCGCCGACUACCUCGACAUCUACGUCCUCUGCUACCAACGUCAACAAUAUUGAACUACCACCAACGAGUACUCCAUUAUCAGCAGGUCCCCGGCGGAAAGCUAUAUCAAACAUCUCCAUCAUGCCUAGGCACAUCCCAAAGGUAUCCCCAAAUACGAAACCGCCUUAUGAGACGCCACCGAAAAACGACAAUACAGUUAGAGCGAGAAACCAUGACCGUGACAUAAACCCCGUUUUUGACGAUUCGUACAGCAACUCAGGCCAAGGGGAUAGGUACACACACCAACAACAGUGGCAAGAACUCCAUAGCCAUGAUCCUAAUCAGGACUACAUAUACAGCAAAGAUUGUCUCAAAAGAAGGGCCAGUUUGAAUAGCCCUACACGCGUUUCUGCGAUGUCUUCCUGCUCUAAUUCAAUCCAUCACCGUGAAACUAUGAGUAACAUGUUAUAUCCUUUGGUGAGCACUAAAAGGGGCCCAUUCGUUAUGAGCAAUGAUAUGGGCCAUAGAUCAGUGGCGAGCCCUAUCUACAACAUGAUCGACAACAUCACUCCUGCUGAAGGACUCCCAAAUCAGCGACUGAAUACCAAAAGUGGAAAUGUUGAUCAAAAAUUCGGAGAACUUUUGAACGUUAGCAGUUCUUUUGUUGGGAGCAAAAAACGAGGCAGUGACACUUGUAUCGGAACUGAGGAAUCACUCCUGCUUUCGCCUCCAUCGACUUCACUGCUUUCCAUGAAAAGAGAGGGGGGUAAUUCAGGUUCAUUCUUCGGAAAGAAUUGCUAUUAUGGAACGUCGCCUAGUACAUCCAAGAUAUCCCUUCUUUCAAAAGUGUUUGGUAAUCAGAAUCAGCAACAGGGCAGGUACGGCGACGACGCUUCCAAGAGAAGCGUCCCUUGGGCCAAUAAUAUAGGUGCAAGUAAGAUCCUCGCAUGGGAGAUGCACAAGAGCGUCCCAUCAUCAGGUUAUGAGAACGAAUCCUUUGCGCUAUGGAUCCGACCCAACACUCAGUCACGUACUGUAAUUAGUGGCGCCGAUGUGGAAAAAGCGGAAAGCGCAGCUGCAAACAGGAAUGGUAAAGAUGAAGCGGCGACUAGUAGAGAUGACGAAAGGCAGAAAAAGUAUUGUCCAGAGCUCGAGGACAUGAAGGUCUUAGAAGAAGUGCUUGAUUUUGCAAUCAUUAUAUUGAUGCGCGCGUCGGCCAGCCUAUACCCAUUUAUAUCGAGCGCCUAUCCUGAGUCAAUACCUUUGAACAUCCGUUGGAAAUUGCUUCAAUAUGAGGAUCGAGGGUGGAGAUAUUAUAACGUUAGGACGCUCAAAGAGUACCAAGAUUAUGUGAUGGUAGAUAUCGGCUUUGCUAUCCAGGCCAUGAUUGAAAUAUAUGAUCAGCAGGAGCGGCCAUACAAUCAUCCUGACAACAUUUACCGUGACGCAAAACUUUCCCAACGACCUAUCCCUGUUUUUCUUCCUCCAGAUCGGACACGCUUGAGCAAGUUAAUGAGUAACAAUGGUGCUAACAAAGGGAGAAGCAACGGCAAUAGCCAUAUUCCAGCUACAUGUUCUUCUCCUAGCACAUUGAUACCGCCCUCCGUGAUAGCUUCGACAUCACUCAAAAAGCAUCGUCGACACUCAUCCGUUCCAGUGAGCAAACUAACUAUUUCGGGCAUGCUCACAUCCAUCAAACAGAGCCUACCUUCGCCCAUGUCACUUCACUCUCCACUGCAAGACGGAAGAAGCGGCUUCAAUGAGUACAAUAAUUCAUUUUAUUCGUCAUACCCAGAUGGCACUCCUUUUGCACCUAGUUUACCUGCACGGUCAGCACUAAUGUCUUAUACUCAAGCCGAACCAACGGAACACUCAUAUUAUUACAGCCAUAGUGGUGCUGGUACCCCUAUUACCGCCACCGGAGGGAGUUUCCUUCCUCAAUCUAUUCAAUCCAUCAUUAGUUCGUUCCGAGGUGGCUCUGUCAAUGGAAGCUCCUCGUUAUCUUUGGCUUACGGCUCCAAUGCAAACAUAACUAUCCACAGUCCAAAAACGCAACCCAUAAUGCCCUCCAAGCAGGAAGAGAAGCGCCAGCAGAUGGAAUAUCGUUGGCGAGUUGAUAUAAUGCGUCGAAAGGCCCACUUACGUGCCUGGGCAUGUCGCUGUUUCCUUGAUUUGUACGACUAUUCUCUAAUUGCUUCAUAUGGAUUGCUGGAAGAGGAGUUUAAAGACUUGUAUCGUAUUAUCAGCGCAAUUGUUGAAGUGGAUGCGAAUGAAAAAUCGCAUGAAGUCUUGGAAGCAACAAUAUCGCAGGCUCGUGAACAAGAGAAGGAACCAUUCAAACUUCGAUACAGCCAAUACAAGACUAAGGCCCCUACAGGAAAAGAGAUUCGAGAAGCAAAUAAGGAGGCCAUCAGGCGAUUUGAGAUGGAGUAUGCUGAUCAAGCGCUUAGAGACCGCAUGGAAUACCCUAUACGAUCAGUAACUGAUAAUGAUGAUGAUAGUUCGAAAUUGGACAAUUGUAUCACCUGGCUUCGCCGCCCUCUCAUAUCCUAUAAACACCCUCAUGAGCCACAAAACAGUAACGGCGAUGGAUGCUCAUCUUCUUGUUUACCAGGCUUUACCUCUGCUGGUGGUAGUGCUGAAGGCGAUGGCGCAUAUGACUGUAUGGAGCUCUAUGGCCUCCAAAACCAUACAAUUUGGGAGCCACUCCUCGAUCGCCUUACCAAGUUUGACACUACCCAUCAUGAGCUUGACGCCCGCAAUAUCUUCCAGUUUCUCCGUCGCAUGUCCCUUUAUUCACCUGGAGUUGCGGACGAGCGUAACCUGCUUUCAGAUGAAUCCCGCGAGGAGAUGUUGGCGGUUUUAUGGGCAAUUGAGAAAUGUGUACAAGAGAGACCUGACUACCAGCAAUCGCCCACUUGGUUCCGGCUUUCGUCGAGCGCCAGCGCUGUUCAGGCUAUUUGUGAUGCAGGGGGUGUAAUACCAUAUCUGAAGGGGUUAAAGGAAAAAGACAUACAAGGACGUGAUCCUAUAUUGCUUGUUAACCCAGUGACGCUGACGGGCUACUUCAAACGGCUGCUAAAGGAAGGUGGGGGUUUAUUACUGAAGGAGACUACAGUGUUAUUCGUGGAGCUGGCGAGACCUGCAACAGACAACGGUGACUUUUGGAACCUAGAAAAACUAAGUAGAAUUGAUCGCGCACUUCUUUAUCGCGUAAUCUGUCUGGAUCAGAAUCGUGGACAAGUUUUCUUGCGAAUUUCGCGAGUAAUGGACCAGAUCCUUGAGUCUUCACCAAAGGACAUGGAGCUAGAUGCGUUUGCACUGUCCAAAAUGGUGCAAGUUGUGGAGCUAAGUGGUGUUCUUGACUUGAAAGCCCUUAGACGCUGGAAUGGCGCAUGGUCAGCCAUUAUUCUGGGAUACAUGUAGUUGCCACACAAUAAAAGUGCUGGCAACAAACUCUCAAGGAGUGUCAAUGAAAAUUAUUCGUGUUCACAAGAAUUAUUUGAAAUGAAUCGCUCGUUGCAUAUAACCUCUCUCAGUUUUAAUUUGUCUGCCAUCAAGACACUAUCCUAAUUGUAUCAACCUCUUUAUCGACGAAUUAAUUAAAUAUACUACUUUAUGUUGAAUAAAUGAAGCUGUUACC